AUGCUGGCUCCUCCGGCUCCUCCGCUUCUGAGUUGUAUUUUGCGAAGCUCGAGCCAGCCAGCUCCGCAUUACAGUGUUGUUCAAGUGUGCUGCUCAGCAGGAGCUGGAGCCGGCGAGAGCGGGUGCCAAACAGCCUCGAAGUACUGGAGUACCUGCCACCUAUUUUCUUCUCUUUGGAGAUGGCAUGCUGCUAUUGUGGACACAGUAUACUUGCAAAUAUCUUGGGUAUGGUUUGUAAAAUACCUUGGAAAUGGUUUGGCCAACAUACAAACUGUCGGGAAAGAAAGGAAGCUCCUUGAUAACGCUGUUGACAGAACUAGUGUACAGUAUGAUAGCUGGAUGGAUGAAGAGACAUCGUUCUGGAUGGACUGGAAUCACAUGAAUAGCAAUUUGCAGUAUCGCUUGCUAAUGCAGGACCUUCAGGAAUUGGAGACGAGUUUGGCUGGUAACGACUUGAAGAUGCUGGAGAACGAUAUCUUUGUGCGCAUUGAGCAGCUUGGAGCUCUGAGAUCGUUUACUGCUUCUAUGACCAGGGUGUCGCUAAAAGUGAAUCCACCAAGACUCAGAAAAUCUCGGAAGGCGAGUAGUAGCCAGUUUAUAUCGGAGUGGAAAAGUCACCCAAGACGAAGAAGGAGCAUUGUGUGUGAGCAAUCAGCACUGUUAGAGACCAUCAAGGAACGUGCAAGCCUUGAGAAGAUGAGGGAGAAGAUGGUGAUGGAGGGGCAGGAGGUGAGCUACCACAGGUGGGCAGAGGGAGCUGGUGUGGACUGUGGACGAGGCAGAGCUGAUGAGCAGGCUGCAGGCAGGAUACUGCUGCCGAGAGAGGCUGGUGGUGACCACCGAGUGGCUCGUCAGACUGGGAAGAUGGGUGUGCUUGAUGGCGCCGGGAAGUUUGACAGCCGGAAGGGGUGCAGGUUCUACACGUACGUCAAGUACUGGAUUAGGAAAGGGAUGCUCGCUCUCCUGGCUGAAAACUCAGGAGUCACCCUGCUGCCUGAGGUGAUCCCAGACGAGGCGGCGUCUCCGGAGGCUCCGAACGAGGCCGCGCUGUUCCGGGGCCAGCUGAGGGAGAGACUGUUGCUGGUGCUGGGUAGGCUGCCCGGCGCGGGAAGGCCAAGUGCUGAGGCUGCGGCACAGGCUGGAGGACGGCCGGUGCAGGUCGCUGGAGGAGAUCGGCGGCAUCUACCGCGUCUCCAAGGAGUGGAUCAGGAAGAUCGAGAAGCCGGCCAUGGCAAUUGGCAAAGCUCAGGGAUGACGAGGACGUGUGUCGCAAUCUCCACGACUUCGUCUGCCACUUCUGAUUAA